UAAGAGUAGAAUAGAGAAGCAGCGCCACUGCUGUAUUCCAUAGAAACUUCGCCACCAUCGCCCGCCGCCUGAAUUCACGCUCAGGCUUUCGUCUUGUCGCCUGACCUGCUGCCGUAUUGGAAGCAUUGUUUGAUCGGAAGUCUGAAAUCGAUUUUUCUAUAUACAAACGAGGAGUAUCAUCAAACGGAAAAGGAUUGAUCGGGAGUUUCUUACUUUGAGCAAGUGAAUUCUUCUUCUUUAAAUGGGGAAGAGAAAAGAGCGACGCCGAGCCGCUUUGAACAACACUGGCCGUCGCGUUAAGCUCGAUCUCUUCGCGGAACCCUCUGGAGAUUUGGGUGGCUCCUCUGUACACGAUGAAGUAGUUGGAGGAGGGGAUAAUGAUCCAACACAACGUGCUGGAUUACCCAAUUCGCCAUCAUUAUCUUCAGGUGGGUUCCGUCAGUUUUCUUCAGAAAGGAUAUAUGUAGGGAAGAGAUGAGUUUUGGUGGCUUGUUCUCUGUUGUUAGCCUCCCUCCCGAGUAUUUUGUUCUCAGAUUGUUAGGGGUGGCUGUGGUCAUGGCAACUUCCAAUACCAGAUCAGGUCAGGGCCCUGCCACAGCAAAAAAUAAUGAAUACUUCCCCACUCUCUAGUGCGCUAUUACGAAGCAUCCGAGCAUAUUGCAGCAUCUGGGAUAGUUUCUUUGCGGUCAGCAGCCACAAAAUCCUCUUCUUUUGCUCGGACAAUACAGUGAUGAUGAGUUGGAUGUGGAAAAAGAUAAACAUCUCAUCAAUGCCGCUAACAAUAGUCCUUCAGCUGAUCUUAGUAAUCAGGAUAUACACCCUGCUGAAGGAAAUGAUAAAGACAGCAAUGCAUUUCAAGAUCCUUCCAUCCAAUCAAACGAUCAGCAGGAUAUGGAUGCAGAUCCUACCAAUGUUGAUGCUAUACAGAGUGUGAAUGGAGUUGAUAAUAAGGAUCACGAUACAACUGUUCAUGAUGACACUAGCAAAUCUUUCAUAUCAGCAGAACAAGCAUCUGAAGGGGGAGUUUCUGCUCCAUUAAUUGCUGGAGAUUCUGCUCCACUAGUUGCUGGAGAUGUGAGUUUAGGCUGGAGGAUGGUACUGCAUGAGGAGAGUAAUCAAUACUAUUACUGGAACCCUGGAACAGGUGAGACUUCAUGGGAAGCGCCCAUUGCUUUGGCUCACAUGGGAUACAUGGUUAAUCUGGAGGCAUCUGUUGCUGAAGAUACAGGGAGUCUUCCAGUGAGUAAGAGUCAGAACGAUUCCAUUUCUGUUGUCGAAUUGGCUCAUUCUUUUCCCGCACCAACCAUAGAUGGCUUGUCAGGUGUCAUUUGCACUCCAUUGAGUGAAGAACCACAUAGUAGUAUGCAACAAAUUUAUGCGUCUCGUCAUCAAGUUGAAAGUAAAUCUUUGAAGAGUGAAGGUCUGGAAGCUCAUUUGCUCCAAAAUGAGCUGGGGAGUAACCCUGUUUCAGUUCAUGGACAAUCAGGUGAAGGGUACACAGCUCAAGAUGAACCUAGACAUGCUGCAAUUGCUACCGAUAUCCAUCGAGAAGGCAGGGAUACUUCAACAAGUCUGAGGACUCAAUGUCAGUGCUUGUUGGAGAGGCUGAAGUCCUUGAGAGGUUGCUUCCAUUUUGGACGCACACAGAAGUAAGGCUCAAACAAUUAGAAGAUAAAAUUAACAGUGAAAUUUAUCGGCUUGCUGUAUCUGCACAAAUGGAUGAUGAUGUUGAGCUAACCCCUGUAGUCUGUGAAGGAAAGCCACAACACCAGGAUGGCCUUUUUAAUGAAUCUCCUGCAGACGCAGCAGGAGGCAGGAAGUCACCUACUACUGUCAAUGUGAUUGACAGUUCUCAUAUUGAAGGUGCUUCUGAUUCUGUUUCGUAUGCUGUUCAUACUUCCCCUUCUGAAGCAGCUGGUAAAGUUUCAGAAAAUGAUGCAAUGAAUGCAGAGGUAAACGAGACUGCUGAGUUGAAGCCCGACUUAGUCAGCAUUGAAGAUGUUGAUAUGGAUAUUGAAAUGGAAGUUGAAGAUGCACCUGUAAACUCUACCCCGUCUGAAAAUAAUAUUCACACGGGUGCUGCUCCCUCUGAGCAGUUCAUUCCUUCUAAUGCACCUUUAGAUUACACACCCCUUGUAGCAGGAGAAUGGUCAGCUGUUCCUCCUGAAGAAGAAUGGAUUCCUCCACCACCGCCUGAUACUGAACAUAUUCCUCCACCCCCUCCCGACGACGAACAAGUUCCUCCACUACCUCCUGAUGAGCCUCCAGAUUCUUCUUACUCUAUGCCUGCCUGUUCUGGAGCAAUGGUUCAAUCGGCCAACUAUCCAGAGCACUAUGGCUAUCCUUAUAUGGAUUCGAACUUCCAAUAUUAUGGUUGUGCAUCUAAUUUGCCAAGUGGUAGUUUCUAUGUGCAUGUUGAUGGAAGUCAAGUUGCAAUCCCACACACAUCGCUUUAUUAUGGCCCUGUUUCAACUACAUAUGCUGAAACACCUCCUGUUAUGGUUAACCCACUCGAGCAAGUAGCAUCCUAUAACCACCUCCAAACACUGCCUCCUGGGACUCUCCUUACCGGCCAAGAAUCUUCAAACUUGCCAACAAACGUUGGUACCAUGCAAUCUGAUUCCAGUUAUAUUAUCAAUGCUGCCAACUCAGUAGAAUCCGAACAAUAUGUGAAGCCCGAGCCACCUUCGAAUGUGAACAGCCAGGCUCCUGAUGUCAGCAAUGAUGAAGGGACUGUUUCUAGUUCGAUCCAUGUUCUUGGUGCUGCUGCAGCUGCAUCUGCCCCUUUAAAUGCUAAGGUCCAAUCUAAAGUUUCUCGUGGCAAGAAGCGGACUGUUGCUGUCUCAACCUCCUUGAGAUCUAAUAAGAAAGUAUCAAGCCUGGUGGACAAGUGGAAAGCAGCGAAAGAGGAGUUGAAAGAAAAUGAUGAAGAUGAACCGGAAAAUGCACUUGAGAUCCUGGAGAAGAAGCGGCAGAGAGAAAUUGAGGAAUGGCGUGCUAAGCAAAUUACUAGUGGAGAGGCGAAGGAUAAUGCAAAUUUUCAACCUCUUGGUGGCGAUUGGCGUGAGAAAGUAAAGCGCAGACGAGCUCUAGCUGCCAAGGAAGAAGCCAAGAAAGCAACCAAGGUUGAUGUUGCUGAUGCAAAACAGCCACCCAAUUUAGCAGAACUAUCUAAGGGUUUACCAUCUGGUUGGCAGGUAUAUUGGGAUGAAGCAUCAAAACAGGUCUAUUAUGGCAAUGCUGUUACUUCUGAGACGUCCUGGACAAGGCCGACAAAUUGACAAAAGAAAAUUUUUCUAUAUUGACAAUUGGGUCUAUUGAGGCUGUGUCCAACAGAUUUUGUAAUGUCACCCUUUGUUCUACAACGCAUUACGCACAGACUGUGGGCUAUUCAUCUGGAGCCCAAGUAGGGAUUCUUCAUCGUGGGCUGGCUCCUGAAUACCAUCACUCACCACUCCCCAGUACUCCUUGGAUCUCAGCAAGUUCUCCAUCAAAAGACUCCAGUGAUCAUAGUCUCCAUCAAACUUUGGCAACCCAACCUGUGCAAAGGCAGCAUUAUCACUCAUGACUGCUAUGAAAGAACCUCUCACCCUGAAAAUGGUUUCCUCACUAUAAUACCCUCGUGUUUCCCAAUCCCAGAUCCUGCAGAUCACUCAAAUUUCACUCAACACUCAGAAAGCUUGAAAGCCUCUCAAGUCUCAACACACAGCAAUGGUUACAGCUUGCAAAGUGCUCUGAUACCAAAUGUAAAACACUUAUGGAUGCAAUCUGACGAGUCUUUAUUGAAUUGAAAAACAAGUACAUAUAGG